UCUGCCUUUUUCCCCGGCCAUGGAAAGCCUGAUGGAGAACCCGAUGAGGGCAGUGCUGUAUCUCAAAGAGUUGACCACCAUCGUGCAGAAUCAGCAGACCCUCAUCCAGACGCAGCGGCACAGGAUCCGCGAGCUGGAGCUGAAAGUGGAGGAGCUCCUGGAGGAGAACCGGAGUCUGAAAGAGCAGCCGGCGAGCGGCGGCCCCCACCGCCACCACCACCACCAUCAGCAGCAGCAGCAGCAACAGCCGCGGGAUCUCCAGCAUCAUCAGCAAGACCCACAGCACAAACACCCCGCCAUCAGUACCAGAGCACCGAUCUCCUGCAACCCACAAAAUGAAAAUGUUUUGCACCAGUUCUGCUGCCCGGCAGCUGACGCAGAUCAGAAACUCCCCUCAAGUGCGCAUUCUUCCAGUAAUGAAACGAACUCUCCUGGAGGCAAAUCCAUUAACUCUGAGGCAGAUGGUCCUGUGAAGAUCCCAAGUGAAUGUGAAAUCAACGUUUCCAGUGGAGUCAGUUCAGAUGGGGCCUGUAUAGACAAUGCUCCUCACCAAGUGAAAUGCCCAUCAGCUGAAGCCAAGGAGGGAAAGCCAUGCCGUGCUACUCCCGUCUCCAGCACUAUACUGCAAAAAGCCAGCUUGCACCACACUGCUUCUCCGAUGAGGAUGCAGCGGAGCAAAGGGACAGCAGCUUGCUCACACUUGCCAGCCUCUGAUUAUGAAUUGUCUCUGGAUCUGAAAAAUAAGCAGAUUGAAAUGUUGGAACAUAAAUAUGGGGGCCAUUUGGUAUCUCGCCGGGCUGCCUGCACCAUCCAGACAGCUUUCCGUCAGUACCAACUCAGCAAGAACUUUGAAAAGAUUCGGAAUUCCUUGCUGGAAAGCCGCAUGCCCAGGCGUAUUUCACUGCGGAAGGUCAGGUUGCAGAAUGCCGACAGCUUAAUGGAGGGGUAUAACUUUGCAGGCAUUCCCCUCGUGCGGUCGCCAUCCUUGCCGGCGAGCAUCAGCGGUGCUCUGACUGAGCUGGAGGACUCCUUCACAGAGCAGGUUAAGUCACUGGCUAAGUCAAUUGAUGAUGCCCUCAGCUCUUGGAGCUUGAAAACAAUGUGCUCGCUGCAAGACGGCAGUACUUACCAAUUCACAGAGACCUUCAGCAGUGGCUCAAUGCAGGAUGGAGCGGCAGCUGAGGUGCGGAAAACAGGGCAAGAGAGCAGUGACGACAGGCUGGACGAGGGCCUUGCGCACAGCAACAGUACUCUAAUGAUGGCUUUCAGGGAUGUCACUUUCCACAUUGAAAACAAAAACAUGUCUGUUUCCUCACUGCUGGAGUCUGCGUCGGUUGCCAUGGCGAACUGUGAGAAUGCUCAGUCAGAACCCAAGCAGAGCGCUGCAGCAAAAAACGAUGAUGGUCCGGGGGAAGAAGAGGACAAAGCAUCCCCAACUGCUUCUUCAGAACCGGGACAGACACUGGUUUCGAACAAUCUCCCUUUCACAGAACUGAAUGUCAAUAUCAACUCAAAUGGGCUCGGAGGGGGAUUGAUGGGGCAGGGUCAAAUCACGAUGCAGAAAAUUCAAGUCGAUCACAACAAUGGGAUCAUGCAGGAACAUCCACUGGAAUCCAGUCGCCUGGACAACGCAGAACAGCUCAGUAGUGGCAGUACAACCUCCAUCUCUGCCAAGACUCCAUCAGAAGUCUCUUCCAAGGAGGCUCUGCAUGCCAUGAUAUUGAGUAUGCCCAGGUACCACUGUGAAAACCCAAGCAGCUGCAAGUCACCGACCCUCUCCACCGACAUAAUCCGCAAACGCCUCUAUCGCAUCGGCCUCAAUCUGUUCAAUGUAAAUCCUGACAAAGGGAUUCAAUUUCUGAUUGCGCGUGGAUUCAUCCCUGACACGCCAAUUGGAGUUGCCCACUUCCUGCUCCAGCGGAAAGGGUUAAGCCGCCAGAUGAUUGGAGAAUUUCUGGGUAACAGCAAGAAGCAAUUUAACAGGGAUGUAUUGGAUUGUGUUGUUGAUGAGAUGGACUUCUCAAACAUGGAACUGGAUGAAGCAUUGCGCAAGUUCCAGGCUCACAUUCGCGUGCAGGGAGAGGCCCAGAAAGUGGAACGGCUCAUUGAAGCAUUCAGCCAGCGCUAUUGCAUGUGCAACCCUGAUGUGGUUCAGCAGUUCCACAAUCCGGACACCAUCUUCAUCCUAGCUUUUGCUAUCAUUUUGCUUAACACAGACAUGUAUAGCCCCAACAUCAAACCAGAUCGGAAAAUGAUGCUGGAGGACUUCAUUCGUAACCUACGGGGUGUGGAUGAUGGAGUGGACAUUCCCCGUGAGAUGGUUGUUGGGAUUUAUGAACGAAUUCAACAGAAAGAAUUAAAAUCCAAUGAAGAUCAUGUGACAUAUGUAACCAAAGUAGAAAAAUCAAUUGUGGGAAUGAAAGCAGAUCUUUCUGUUCCCCAUCGCCGAUUGGUUUGUUGUAGCCGGCUCUUUGAGGUCAUGGACAUCAACAAAGCGCAGAAGCAGGCAGCUCAUCAGCGAGAGGUCUUUCUUUUUAAUGACUUGGUUGUGAUACUUAAACUGUGUGCAAAAAAGAAAAGUUCUGCCACAUACAACUUCUACAAGUCUAUUGGCCUAUUGGGAAUGCAGAUUAUUCUCUUUGAGACUGAAUUUUAUCCUCAUGGGAUCACCUUGGUGUCAUCCGUUUCCGGCUCAGAGAAGAAACAAGCAAUCAGUUUCUGUGCACAAAGUUCAGAGGAACUCCAGAAGUUUGUUGAGGAGCUGAAAGAAUCAAUUGCUGAAGUAACAGAAAUGGAGCAAAUUCGAAUUGACUGGGAGCUGGAAAAGCAACAGGGAUCAAAAAUCCCUCCCACAAAGAACAAUGGAGCUCAGAUUAACAUCCGAACCAAGUCAGGAUCUCCAUCAGGCAAAAAAGAGUCUGGAGAAAACAAGACCACUAACAACGCUGUGGAGGUAUCAAUUCACAACAGGCUUCAAGCCUACCAGCACAAUUCAGCGGGGAACCAGGAAUGUGCAGUCCAGCAAAGUACCCUCCUUAACAUCAAGCAAGAAAACUCAGCAGCUCCAGAAGCUGUAGAACAUCUCCCUGAAACGUUACUCCAGUGCCAACAGAUUGUGAAUGUCAUUGUGCUCCCUGUGAAACCUGUCAAGCUGGAGAGCCCUCAGAAUGAGACGCCGACUCAUCAAAUGGGAACAGAUACCAACUCCGCCUGCUCAACGCCUCAGAAAUUAAUCGAAGACAGGCUACAAGGAACUCCUGUGAAAGCCGGUCACCAGCCCCCUCUGCCACCUCCACCUCCACCGUACAACCACCCUCACCAGUAUUGUCCUCCCAAUCCUUUUGUACACAGACGCAGAUAUUCUAGUGGAUCACGCAGCUUAGUGUAACUUUAAAUCGCACAAUUUUAAAGCCAGAGUAAGUGUAUUUUUGAUUCACAGGCCUAUUUCUAAUUUGCCUUUCAUAAGUCCUCUCCCUAUCACGUAAAUGGCAAUUUUGUCGUUCUUUGGUACAUUGACUAAAGGAGAAAUCAUGGUGAAUAUUUUGCCAAUAAUGUUUUAUUGUCUGACCAAAGUUAUCUCCUCCUUAUCUUCUGACCUGCUUUGUUUUAAAUUUAAUGUCAGUCAAGAAGUUGGGCUUGUCAUUAUUUAUGCUGAUUCUGUGCAUAAUGCCAAUAGUCAGUUUAUCCACUGGAAGACAAGAGUUGAGAAGUCUAUGUAGUGUUCCCUCUUUUCUCUCCCUCUAUUCACUCAGUGACUUGCUGAAACCUGAGAAAGUCAGAUCGGGACAAUUCACUGUCCUUCCAUGAUUAUCCAGUACUUUGGGUUUGUUACUUCAAUAUCAUUUCACAUUUCUUCAAAUCUUCAAUCUAUUGUUUGGUAAUGUUGAACUAAUGACCGUGGUUAUCUUAAAUUUAUUUCAUUAUGUUUCUGUAUGCUGCUAGAAAAUUUUGGGGAUUAGCUCCCAGAAUUGAUCAGUCAGCCUUCAGCAGAGAACCUGUCAAAUCAACAAUAGACUUAUUCUGGCUUGAAGACAAACUGACUUUACAAUUAUUGACAACCAGUUUUCUAGUGAUUUGGUGAAUAUUUGAUUGAUGAAAAUUGUGUAUCUUUGGACAUCAAGGACACAGUUUUAAUAACUUAAUUUCUAAAUUAUAAAUCUCACCAAAUUUUAAGGCAGUUUGAUAGAAGCAUUUCAACUUUAUUGUAGAUAACUCAGAUCCACCAGUUACAUUUUCCUUCAUUCCCAUUGCUGUUAAUAGGCUUUUGGUAGAUUAAAGAAAAUGGAAUAGGUUUUUAUAUUGAGUUUUCAUGCACAGAUGUUUUUAAAUGUAACUGAAUUUAUAGAUCACUUUAGUUUAGAAUAGGUCUUCAAAAAUUUUAUGUUUUCCUUUGUCAUUAGAAUACUUCACUCAUCAUGACAGCAAAUAUAUUUAAUGCAACAGAAGAGUAACACUACAUGAUAAAUUAUUUUGUUUCAAAGAAAAGUGGGAGAAAGAAGAAGUUGAGAACAGAGAUUCUGCAGAGUAUUCCAGGAAUUUUAUAGUUAAUUCCAUUUUUAUUGAGGUGGUAAGUUGCAUUGAGAAAAGAUGUUGUCAGUCAGAGGGGCAUAAUGUUCUCUAGAAAUAUACUUACUCUGUUUGUCAUUGCUCCCAGUUUUCUUCUGGAGGAUGUUCCUUAAACUAGCUCUGCUCAGAUUUGACUUAACAAAUUAUUCUGUAUAAUUGUUUAAAAAAAAGAACACUAAGGUAAAGAUCAUCCAUGCACUCUGUUAAGUGAUUCGUCAUCUUGUUAGUUUUGGACAUAAGUCUGAUUGGUCCAAUAAUGCACACUUUUCAUUGAAUCACAAUUCUCUCAAUAAAUGGCACCUAAAAAAUUUCAAUAUAUAAUCAAUAUUUUGUGAUAUAUUUCAGUUCAUUGUGUGAUAGGAUAGAUUGUGUGCUUGUCAGUCACCUUUAGGGAAUAUGACUUACAUUAAAGCUAUUAUUUAUUAAUGUAUGUAAUAUUUAUUAUAACAGAAAGAAAAGAUAUUUUAAAAUUUCACUGUGGCAUAUUAUUGUAUUAUUUAGAACAUUUCACGUUGUACAUUCACAGGAUUUCUUGUUGCAAGUUUAAAAAGACCAUGCUUGAAUUUUGUGGUACAAUAGUCAGACUUUUCAAUAGGAUUUGAAUUUAAAGACAACCCAUACAUUAAUUGUUGCCACUCAUAAAGUGCUGGUAUGGUGAAUAUCUGAUUGAUAGUGUGAUCAAGGGGUUUAAGUAUGUUGGACUAUUCUGUGGGAUGUUACGGUUUCAAUUAGGUUGCUACCUCUGAUGUGGCAUAAUUUGUAAACCAGCCAGAAAGUGUUAGCCACCAAAAUGUGCUCCAACUUCUUCAAAGUGCAGUAGCAGGAAUUUUAACAAUGCUCCAGGUGGCAGUUCCCAGUGCAGACAUCAUCUUAUUUACCAGGGUGACGUCUCCUUCCAAGCCAAAGCUUCAAUCCUAUCUUGGCCAUUGUGGAGAUUCUUUAGUGCCCAAAAGCAGAAUUUCACUCUCUUUAAUGUAGACUCAGUGACUUUGUAAGCUCCUCUCCAUAAAAUAAAAUUACAUACCUAAUGCCCCUUUAGAUUUAUUUUGGUGAAUUUUUUAAUUUGUAUUUGAAUUUUGUUUGGAUUUACCAUUUUAAGUCUAGACUUCCAAAUAGAUGCAGAACAAUUGAGCACCUUAUUGUAAAUUGUCCCAUGAUUAGGCUAGGGUUAUAUAGGUGGGUUAUUGAGUGGUGCGGUUCGGAGGUGGGAGGGGGGCAGAAGGCUUGUUGUCGUUGUGUCACUAAAUAAAUAAAUAAAACAACGAAUAAAAACUUGACUCUGAGCCACAUCAGAAGUUGUCAGAGCAGAUGCUGAAAAGCUUGGUCAAAGAUGAUUGUUUUAAGAACAACUUAAAGGAAUAAAUAGAGCUUUUGAAGUAAAAAAAUUAAGAAGGGAAGUCUUACGCUUACAGCCAUAGCAGCCGAAGGCAGAACAUCGAAAUGAGGAGAAAUUAAUUUGAGGGCCCAGAAGGUUAUAAGAAAGGGAUUACAUACAUGAAGACGGGUGAGAGGGAUGGAGGAAUUUGAAAACAUGAGUGAAAGAUUUAAAUUUGAGGUACUCUUGAAGGAGACACCUAAGUAAAUCACGAAGUGUGUGAGUAAUGGGUGACUGGGAUUUGGUGUUCAGGAAAAGGUGAGCAGCAGAACUUUAGAUGGCUUAGCAUUUUGCUGGUAGAAUAAGGUAGCCCAUCUAGAAGUGCACUAAAGGGAGUUUCAAAUGAAUGAAGGCCACGUUCAAUGACUUAAGGGAGCUGGAAAUAGAUGGUCUUCGAAAUAGCACAGAUAUAAAGUCCAAAGACAAUCUCAGAGGCAACUCUAAUACCAAGGUAUCAGUAGAAUAAUUAUUUCAGCUAGUUUUCUGGACAGCAAAGUGUUAUUGGUCAAGGGACAGAAUUUAAGGGAGCAACUGAAAAUAAUUGCUUUGGUUAUCUCAAUAUUUAUUUGCAGGAAAUGCUAAGGAAGGUUAAGUUGAGUGCAUUAAGGAACUCAAAAAGUAGAAGCAAAUAGAACCAAAAUAUCUUCAGUUUUAAGUUGUCUUCAUCACUUUGUGACAUCAGGGAUUAUGAAUACACUGCCUAUGCAUUGGCGUCUGUAAUUAGACCCUAGGGAAUGGAGUUUAUGAGGUAGAAUGUGUUGAUAUUUAAUAAAUAAGCCACUGAAACAAGUAUGAUUAUACUUUUUCCAUAUUUCAAAUGUCUUCUUAAUUUAUGAAGCAUACUCUUGCACCUGAAAGCACUUUUAAUGGAACGUUUUUGAGUGCUUUGUUUACAGAAUUGUGUAAAGUGACGAUGUAAAAUAGGAUGAUUGUAUUCAUAAUAGAGAAUUUACUGUUUUAGAAAUUAGUAAAUAUUUUCAAAGUUUGUUUUGCCUUCCUUGGAGGAGAAAUAGCACAGAAUCAUCCGUUGGUUUCUGUAAUGUUUGCGGGUAUCCUUAUAUUUUUAAAGAAAAUGUGCAUUUAAAGAAAAAGAAAAUACAUGUCUGUGAGAUAUGUUCUGUUUUGCAGCAGAUGGAAGUGCUAGGGUACAGCAUCAAUGAAGAAGAGCGAAAGUAAACACCCAUUUGGUUACCAAGGGGUUACUCAGCACUAUCACAAGGAAUGCAACAUUCAACAACAGCUGCAAAUAUAGGUUGAGUUUAUACCUGAGCAGAUGUCAUAAUGUGUAAAGAGUCCAAAACUAAAAAGAGAUGUCUAAUGUAUCUGGAUUGGGAAAUUAAGGGGCAUCCAGGAUUCAGUGCUUGGGAAGAGGCACAUCAUCUGUAUCAAACAUUUGGAGGGAAUACGUCAUCCCUCACCCUCACACUCGCUCUCUUCCCUUCCAGAGGGUGACUGUUUUGUGCUGGGUAACAUUCAUAAUGUGUAUUUAAAUGUAUAAAAUUACUGUUGGCAGGAAUAAAAUCCAAUUCCCAUCAGUGAUAGUAAAUGUAUUCAUUCAGUCCAGGUGGAAAAUUUGGGACAAAGGUAUAAAUCAGCUGUGUUGUGUGUAGAUAAAAUUGAAGUCUUUUUUUUCUGAAAUUAAAACUGACUUUAUUUGAUAGCUGGUCUUGUUGCAAUUUUGUCUUAAUAAUUGAGUAGGGUGGGAGUUGUAAAAAUACCGUCAGUUAUUGAAUUGUGCUUCCUAAUUUAGGCAGCAAAUGUGUUUCAGUCAUAUAUUACUGCUUAUAAAGCAGAUCAGCUUAGAAACUGAGUUGAUUAAAAAUACAUUCUAGAAAUAAAUGCUGUUCAUUGUAAAGAUUCCUAUUCUUUUGGAGGCCAUGGCAAUCUGUAAGCUGCAUGGUCUGUGAGGCAAAGAUAAAGGCUGAACCCACUCCGUCUUGCUUUCCUACCUAUUAUAAGAAUUAGAAGCCCAGAGAUGAAGGGCAGGAAGCAGCCCCUUACAUAUUAAAGUACUCUUUCCUGAAACUGCCUCCAGUGAAAGCAAAUAAAUAUUUUAAUAUAGAGGCUGGACAGUAUAGUAGGUCGCAUCUACGAAGACAACUCUCCUUUCAUCUUGGGUCCAUACACUGAUAAAAUGAUCUUUUUCUUCCCUUUAUAAACUCUAAGGAUCUAAAGAAACUGGUUUAGUGCAAGAUAAACUUAAAGGUUACGUACAGAAUUUUAAAACACUAUUUCUCAUUACAUAACAAAGAUUGUUUUAGCAGUAUUACCCCAGGGGCUUCCACAACAAAUGAGAGAGAAUAUACAACUCUUCCUUUGCCCUGAUGAAAGUCACUGCUGACAAAGACCAGCAAGUCAGAGGUUAUUUUCUGUUUUCAAUCAAUCCCUCUCUCUUCAUGACACUAUUUCUGGCUUGUCCAUCAGCUUUAUGGACUAUCGGAGACCCACAUGUGCAAUAUCACUAAAUGGUUAGUUAUGGGUUAAUUUCUUACUGCUCAGAAGGAUAAGUUAAGCCAAAGAUCCUAGGAGAUACAAAAUACCUUGUACUACUCAAUGACAUUGAACUAAUAGGGCACUGCACCAGAGAUAACAAGCAUUGCUCCACUACUUGACACAUGCAGAAAUAAAUCAGUCAGUGUAAAGUGGGGAGUAUUUCUAAACAUUUUGGGGUUUUAAUUAUAAGGUUUGCAGUUACACGAAAUGCCUGUGGCAUGAAAAACUUGGUAUUGAUGUUUGAAGAAUAUCUUCACGGUACAUGGUUCUUUCCUGCUCAGACACGCCAUAGUAACCACGGGGUCCAGAGAUAUGAAAUGAUUUGAAAUAUUGUUAAGUGAUCAAACCACUGCUGCUCUGUUGUGUAUCUCCUAUUGGUUGUGAAAACAUUUCCCUUUAUUACCUUUAUCCAACUUGUUAGACAUUUGCUUUAUGAAAUAUUUAUGUUUCAAUAAAAUAUAUACUUA